AUGACGAGACCUCGCAACUCGUCCGUCGCCAGCGAGGAGAGCGGCGGUACGGCGGUGCCGGACCAGGAACUCGGGAGCAUGUAUGACUAUCUGGCCAAGAUUAUCCUCUUGGGACCCAGUGGGACGGGCAAAUCAUGUCUUCUGCACCGAUUCGUCAAGAACGAGUGGAGGGUUCUAUCGUCGCAGACCAUCGGCGUCGAGUUUGCCAGCAAGAUAAUCAAGGUCGGCACCGGUUCGCGGAGGAAGCGGAUCAAGCUCCAGCUCUGGGAUACAGCAGGCACAGAACGUUUCCGCUCCGUCUCUCGUUCAUACUACCGUGGCGCCGCGGGGGCUAUCCUCGUCUACGACAUGUGCUCGCACGCUUCGUUUCGAUCGCUCCAGCCCUUUCUCAACGACGCGCGCGCCCUCGCCUCACCCAACCUCAGCCUCGUCCUGGUAGGCAACAAGCUCGACCUCGCGGCCGAAGAAGAACAGCGACAGCGGCAAGACAGCCUGAUCGACACAAGCAUCCCGACACCCAGCAGCGUGGGAUCCACGUCCACCAUGGCGACAGCCAUGGCGGCCGGACCCCCCUCGGCGGGAAUCCCCUCCAGCUACGCGACGACGACGGGGUCUGUGCGCGACUGGAGCGGCUCCAUAUCCGCGGGGAGCACGACGCACCUGCGCGCUACCGUGGCCCCCGAGGGCCGCGAGGUAUCCAACACGGAGGCGAGCCGGUGGGCCAGCACGGCCGGCGUGUCGGUCGUGACCGAGGCCAGCGCCCUAAGCGGCGAGGGCGUAGACGAGAUCUUUGGCCGGCUGGCGCGCAUGAUUCUCACCAAGAUCGAGCUGGGCGACAUCGACCCGGACGACCCGAUGAGCGGGAUCCAAUACGGCGAUGGCGGGCAGUGGAACUCUGCGCCCAGCGACGGGGGCAGCAUCAAAUCUUCCACGACGGGUGUCACGGGCGACGACCUCGGCGGCGGGGGAGGCGGCGGUCCCGCUUCCGGGCUGCGCAGACGCCGACGCGGUAAGAGCCGCUCGCAGAACUGGGGCGGCCUCAGGGAGUGGGAGGAGGUCUUCACCCUCAGCAGUGGGCGGAGGAGGGGAGGCGGUUGCUGUUGA